AAUUAUUUUUUGACGUUUACAUAUUGCACAGUGCAGCGAGUGUCAGUGGAUUUAUUGUUGUCGCACCUCUUGCACUCGUCAUCUUCGUCUUUUCUCCCUCUUUCCAAUGCUUGAAUAUAUAUUUAUCUCGUUUCAAAGUGCAAAAAUUUGGUAAUUUCAAGUAACGUGAAUAGACCUACCAAGCCCUAUUAAUAUAAUUGAUAUUUAUUGUGGUUACUUGGCAAACACAAGGUAGUUAAAAAUAAAAAAGGAGAAAACGUGUUAGAUAAUGCAUUAUUUUAUGCCAAAAAGAAUUGGUAGAGUAAAAUAUUUUAUACAAAACGGAGAAUUGAAAAACUAAUCUCAAGCUAAAAAGGUUAAUAGAAAUAUGAGGAGAAUGAUCGAUGAUAAGAUAUAGAAGCAAUUAUAACGUGCCAAAUUUUAACAAUAAGUUGAAGACGCUUAAGCCUUAGAAAAAAUAUAUAUUUCAGUAAGGAAAAUAAUUUCGCACAAAAAUGUCAGAUCUUUCAUCGGUAAAGACAGAACAGGCAUACUGGGAUACUGAAGUGGAGAAUACAGAAUAUUAUCCAAUUCCUCAGGUGUCAAAUUUUCCUGGCUACACUCAACCUCCCAAUUACAACUCGCCACAUCCCUACAACAUACCUCCUCCCAAUAUGUCAGGUAUGCCUCCUUUUAAUAUGUCAAAUGUUCCUCCUCCCAAUGUAUCGCAUAUUCCUCCUCCAAAUGUAUCAAAUAUUCCUCCUCCAAAUGUAUCAAAUAUUCCUCCUCCGAAUGUACCAAACAUAUCUGGUGUCAGCUCGACAAAUUCAAUGUACCAUUUUGCACCUACUACCUACCAUAACAGAGCCAAUUUUCCCAACAAUAUCCCUUACCAGAAUCAAAUGCAUCCACAGUGCAGCAAUCAGUAUUAUGACAGAAUGGAUUCUGCACCUAAACAGUAUGGUGAAAAUUAUGCAAAUUGGAAUGUAAAAUCUGAUGUGUAUGAUGACAAUACUGGUAACGAAUGGCAAUCUAACAACUCUUCUGCAAAUUGGACAACAUAUCAAAAUACAUCUACUUCAUGGUAUGAUACAAACCCAACAACAUAUAACAGAGAGAGCUUGUAUCAAACACAAAUAUGUGAAACAUCGCAAAGAACAGAAGAAGUUAAAUGGAAAUAUGAUAAUGGGCAAACAUUAUCCAAACGUGAAAUUAGCAGGCAGAGGUCUAAAAGCCCACAUGUUAGGCAAGAGAAAGUAUAUAGAUCAUCAUCCGAAAGCCACAGAGACAGAUAUCGUCACAGUAGGGAAAUGUCUAGUUCGAGAGACUCUUCAUAUGAUAGCAGACACUUUGAACGAUCUUCAGUUAAAAGACACAGCAGUUAUACAUCUCGCUCAGAAGAAUCAUAUGUAAGCAACAGAAGCAGAAAAAGGUCCAAAUCACCAGAGCCUCGUACAAGUAGAGACACAACACCGACUAACAACAGUAAACGAACAAAAGGUCCUACUGAGAGAGAGAUUUUGUUAGAGAAAUACAGACGUAACUAUUGUGCAACGAGUAAGGAUAUAAGGCGAAAAUUGAGUGAAUUAUCAGCAAUGGGGUCUAAAGGUAUACUUGAAAGUGAAAAAAAGAUUUGGACACGCACAUCGCCAGCAGAUCUCUACUAUGUCAGGGAUGAAAAUAAUCCAAAAAUAAUGAAAAGUACUGCUAAACUACAAGAAUUGUGUUUAACAUUUGACACAGUGCUAAUAAACAGAGCAGCUGCAGCAAGGGCAUUACAGCCACCAUAUGAACCACCUCCAAGGAAAACAAGAGCACGUCUUUGUCGUCAUAAAUCUGAAGCUUGCAGCAGUUCUUCGUCAGAUAGUGAAAAUUCUAUGGAUGAAGAUGAUAGAACAAUGGAAGAGUUAAUGGCAAAGAAACAGCAUCCACAAAGAUUGCAUCCUGAAAUGUGGUUUAAUGAUCCUGGAGAAAUGAAUGACGGUCCAUUAUGUCGAUGUAGUGCAAAAUCAAGACGGUCAGGUAUAAGACACGGGAUUUAUGCUGGAGAAGGUGCAAUAAACAAGUGUGACUUGAACACGAAUAAUGCAGAUAAAUUGUUUCACUAUAGAAUAACAAUCAGUCCACCGACAAAUUUUCUCACCAAAACACCGACGAUUAUCAAACACGACGAACAUGAAUUUAUAUUUGAAGGCUUCUCCAUGCUUUCUCACUUUCCACUAGUCAAGUUACCCACGUGUAAAGUUAUAAGAUUUAAUAUUGAGUAUACGAUUUUGUAUAUAGAAGAAAAAUUGCCGGAAAAUUUUACAAUACAGGAGCUAGAUCUCUUUCAAAUGUUUUUAUUCAAAGAAAUUUUAGAGCUUGUAGAUUUUGAUCUACACGCGGCACAGGACAAAUCCGGUUGCGGACAGUUCCAUUUUAUGCCAAGAUUUGUACGCGAUUUGACUGACAAUGGUCAAGAGAUCCUGUCGAUGAACGAAGUUUUGAAUUAUUUGAUAAAAAGCAGUACUCUCUUAAUAAAUCCAGACGAUCUACAUAGAUUGGUGGCCAUGCCACAAUACAAAUGGCAAGAUUUUGCUGAUGAAGUAAAGGGAAUGGUCGUUACUUACCCAGGAAAAAAACCGUGCAGCGUUCGCGUUGAUCAGUUAGAUAGAAAUCAGGAAGAUCAGUUGUCCAAUAAGACAUCGCCUGCUUAUCCCGAGAUAGUUCACUUUGGUAUUCGUCCACCACAGCUUAGCUACGCAGGAAAUGCAGAUUACCAAAAAGCAUGGAGAGAUUAUGUGAAGUUUCGUCAUUUACUUGCAAAUAUGUCGAAACCAUCCUUCGAAGAUAAGAGAAAAUUAGAAGCGAAGGAGAAUAAGUUGCAAGAGUUGCGUACUCAGAGCAAAAUGAAACGCGACGUCACGGUCGAUGUUAGCUCUGACGGAUUUUAUAGAACCGGUAUUAUGUGUGACAUCGUGCAACACGCGAUGUUGAUACCGGUACUAGUCUGCCACCUAAGAUUUCAUAAAUCUCUGGAUAAUUUGGAACGCACAUUGGGAUACGAAUUCAAAAACAGAUACUUGCUCCAGUUGGCUCUUACACAUCCUAGCUACCGCGAGAAUUUCGGUACAAAUCCAGAUCACGCGCGGAACUCCUUGACGAAUUGCGGCAUAAGACAACCCGAAUACGGUGACCGCAGAAUUCACUAUAUGAACACGCGUAAGCGCGGUAUUAAUACCCUGAUAAACAUAAUGUCUAGAUUCGGUGCGAAAACGGAAACGGAGUCGUCGAUAGCGCACAACGAACGACUAGAGUUUCUCGGCGAUGCGGUCGUCGAGUUCCUCACCUCUAUCCAUCUCUUUCAUAUGUUUCCGGAGUUGGAGGAAGGUGGUUUAGCUACUUACAGAGCGGCAAUCGUGCAAAAUCAGCAUCUCGCCGUGUUGGCGAAAAAACUGAAUCUGGAAGAGUACAUGUUGUAUGCUCACGGUAGCGAUCUUUGCCACGACUUGGAGUUGCGGCAUGCAAUGGCGAAUUGUUUCGAAGCAUUGAUGGGUUCUCUGUUUCUUGAUGGAGGGAUAGAAGUGGCUGAUCGGGUCUUUGGAGAGACGCUUUUCAAAGGUGAAGAAGAUCUAGCCAAAGUUUGGGUCAAUUAUCCACGCCAUCCUCUUCAGGAACAAGAACCAACAGGAGAUAGACAGUGGAUUCCCAGCUUCGAGUUGUUACAGAAAUUGACCAAAUUCGAAGAAUCAAUUGGAAUAGAAUUCACGCAUAUUCGCCUUCUUGCUAGAGCGUUCACGGAUCGUAGUAUAGGAUAUACUAAUUUAACAUUAGGAUCUAAUCAACGACUAGAGUUCCUAGGAGAUACUGUGUUGCAGCUUAUUGUUUCUGAAUACUUGUAUAAAUUCUUUCCAGAACAUCAUGAAGGACACUUAUCGUUGCUGCGGAGCUCCCUCGUAAAUAAUAAAACGCAAGCGGUUGUUUGUGAUGAUCUCGGUAUGACUCAGUAUGCACUUUAUGGGAAUCCAAAAGCUGAAUUGAAAACAAAAGACAGAGCAGAUUUAUUAGAAGCUUUUCUUGGUGCGCUUUAUGUUGAUAAGGGUUUAAAGUAUUGUCACAUAUUUUGUGAUGUAUGCUUCUUCCCACGUUUACAAGAUUUUAUUAUGAAUCAAGACUGGAAUGAUCCAAAAAGCAAGUUACAGCAGUGUUGCUUAACUUUAAGAACUAUGGAUGGUGGCGAGCCAGAUAUCCCUGUAUACAAGGUCAUUGAGUGUAAAGGACCGACUAAUACCAGAGUUUAUACAGUUGCUGUAUAUUUCCAAGGAAAACGUUUGGCUACGGCGUCAGGACAUAGUAUCCAAGAAGCGGAAAUGAACUCUGCUAAAGAAGCUUUAGAAAAAUCACAAGACUUAUUCCCGCAACUGGAUCAUCAAAAACGUGUAAUAGCAAAAAGCAUGAAGAUGCAGCAAUGGCCGAAAGUAAAAGGAAAAUCAGAAAAAAAAUCUUAUGAUAAAUCCGACGAUUCUGACUGUAGCCAAAGUCGGAGAAGAAGUCGUAGUAGAGAAUGUAAUAAAAAAGAAAGUGAAUAGUUCAACUAUUUCAUUGUUGUAUUAUAUAUUAUUAUUUGGAUAUAUAUAUAUAUAUAUAUUAUGAUUUUUAUUUUCGUAGAACAAAAAUAUAAAAACUAUGUUUUUACAGUUCUAUAUGUAUAUCUUCUAAUGUUCAUAUAUUUCAUUUCAUGAUAGAAUAAUCUUGAUUUUUGCAUCAAUUACGUUUAAAUUCUUUUUUCAGAAAUCACUUAUCGAACAAAUAUCAUAAGAAACAGUAAUAAUAUAAUCUUGAUGCAAACGGAAUUUAAAAAAAAAACGCUUAUGUUAUGUGCGUGUAUGUCACUGAGUGU